AUAUUCUGACGAGUACAAAAGCUUUUCACCCAAAAUUUCGAAAGUUUAAAUAUUGUUUUGUUUUUACCCCUCCCUGCCCAAGGUAAAAUGUGUACUUAUUGGUGGUUUUUAUGAAAUUGUGGUCUGGUCUACCAUGUGUCUACAUACCUGCUGCACUUCUUAUAUCAAAUAUAUGUUACUGUAGGGAGGAAAACUCUGAAAUAAUUUAAAUGAAGCCAAGUACAGAAGUGAUAGUAAUACAUGCUCUUCUCUCUUAACAGGAAAUUCUCCCGCAGUGGAAAACACAUGUGUUGGAGCUGCACAGAAAUGAUUGUAAUGUGCAAGAAAUUAAAUCUUUAAACAUCCUUGUUGCUGUUAAAACAAGGGAGGAGUUUGGACAGUGGUAGGCACAGUUUGAAAACAUAACAAAAACAACUUAUACAAUAAGGUGCACUGAACCUGCAUGAGGAAAGUAUGUUGUUUUCAAACAAAGGCUGGUCUGUCACCACAAUACUCGCAGUAUAAAAGUUCAUGGUUCAGUGCAAAGGGCAACAAAAAACACUAACUGUCCAUCAAAAAUGACAGUGACAAUUCACGCUGUGCAUGAUAGAUACAGAGGUAAGUCUGUAGAGAAAGCAAUGCUCUACAAGGAAAUGCCGUGUGAGGUUAACUUGGUGUUGGGUCAUAACCACAGUGUUGAGAGUGCUGCUGCUUUAAGAUUUAGGCAACCAUCAAGUGAUGUCAAAGAAAAAUUAAUAUCCCUGUUUGAAAGAGGUCAUUCACCAGCCACUGCUCUUGAGUCAAUAAAGGUUGAAAUUCAGCUGAAUUGUUCAGAUUACCCUUUAGUCCUUGCAGACAGAAGCAGGUGUCGUGAUUACAACUUUUACCACUAUUUGUUCAAUAAAGUUUUUAAAAGAAAGUAUGGGCCAACAGACUUCAACAAAGAAGGAAAGCAGCUGUUGCAACAGAGGUUAGAGGAAUACAACAGCGUAGUUGGAGCUGUGUGUGCCAAGAUGAUUCAGAAAGAUGAUUAUAUAGUAUGCAUUUGCUCACCACUGAUGCAAAAAGUCCAUACUCAUGUAAAAGCUGCUUCCAAACUUGUAUUUAUGGAUUCCACUGGUUCUCUGGAUCAUGAUAGCAGCAGAGUGUUCGUUUUACUUACUCACAGUGAGUGUGGAGGUUUACCACUAGGAGUUCUGAUUAUGUCUUCAGAAAGCUGCGGAGUUAUAGAAAUGGGACUAGAGUUGCUGAAAGAGAUAGUGGGGGGGAAAAUAUUUUUGGGGGAAACAUCAAUGGCCCAAGUGUGUUUCUGA